ACUGCCUUGGACCCCGUCCGUUGUUGAUUUCAAUACAUACUACUCACUGUUCCAUUUUCCCACCAUGAUUGACCCUCGCCCUUAUCACAUUCUAAGCUAUGGCACUCUACUCGGUGUCCAAGUGUAUCAGACCUUCGUUUCCGGAAUUGUAGCUUUUAGAGCCCUUCCUCGACCUCAGUUUGCUUCGUUGCAGACUGCCACAUUCCCAAUUUACUUUUCUCUUCAAACGGCACUUCCAGUGCUAGUUGCUUUGACAGCUAGCAACAAUGGACAGCCGCUCGGCAUCUCUGGACUCUUGGAGAACCCCAAGACUUUGCUCCCCAUGGCCGCGGCUGCUGUGACUGGACUUGUCAACAUGGUCGUGCUCCGCCCUCUGACUGUUAACACCAUGCGUGAAAGAAAGCACCAGGAAACCCGUGAUGGCAAGAAGAGUUAUGACCCCCCUCCCCAUUCCAAGGAGAUGGUAGCUCUUAACAAGAAGUUUGGCCGACUCCACGGCUUCUCGAGCUUGAUCAAUCUGGUCUGUCUCGGCGCUACCAUUUACUAUGGUGCUGUGCUUGGCAAGCGACUGGCCUAA